GGGGGCCUCGAGCGUCGGCGCCUCGCGGGGAGGGGAACUACAAUUCCCAGAGGGCUCCGCGGCCGAGCGCCCCGGGCUGGUUUUUGCGAGCUCCCUGACUCUGCCGCCCUGGGGUCUGUCCCUGCGGGCGCAGUGGCCUGACUUGGCGGGAGGGGCGGCCCUGCGGGGGUCGUGCCUCCUGGUGCCAACCCGGGGGCCAGUCCUGGAGGCGAGGAUUAACCCGGAGUCUGGUAGCUUUCUAGAAUCUUCUGGAUGGGGAGAUUAGCCAGAGCAUCACUCACCUAGCACCCAGGAGGCACUCUGCAUUUGUGCUUCUCCCUAAACUCAGCCUUCGCUUCGGCUUUCCCGCUGCCAAAGGUCACCGUGCUGUAGAGAAAACGAUGAACAUUUCAGAGAAUGUGCUCUCCUCUGGAUCCUCAUUAGCAUCGCAGGUUCAUGCUGCAGCAGUGAAUGGAGAUAAGGGUGCUCUUCAGAGACUCAUUGUUGGAAACCCUUCUCUUAAAGACAAAGAAGACCAAUUUGGGAGAACUCCACUUAUGUACUGUGUGUUGGCAGACAGAUUGGACUGUGCAGAUGCUCUUCUAAAAGCAGGAGCAGAUGUCAAUAAAACUGACCAUAGCCGGAGAACAGCCCUUCACCUUGCAGCCCAAAAGGGAAAUUACCGCUUUAUGAAACUCUUGCUUACGCGCAGAGCAAACUGGAUGCAGAAGGAUCUAGAAGAGAUGACACCGUUGCACCUGACUACCCGGCACAAGAGCCCCAAAUGUCUAGCCCUUCUGCUGAAGUUCAUGGCCCCUGGGGAGGUGGAUACGCAGGACAAAAACAAGCAAACAGCUUUGCACUGGAGCGCCUACUACAACAACCCAGAGCAUGCGAAGCUGCUCAUCAAGCAUGACUCCAAUAUCGGGAUCCCUGACACGGAAGGCAAGAUCCCACUCCACUGGGCAGCCAACCAUAAAGACCCAAGCGCUGUGCACACAGUGAGAUGCAUCCUGGAAGCUGCCCCAACUGAGUCUCUGUUGAACUGGCAAGACUACGAGGGCCGCACGCCUCUUCACUUCGCAGUGGCCGACGGGAACCUGACGGUCGUGGACAUCUUGACCUCCUACGAAAGCUGCAACAUAACAUCGUACGACAACUUAUUUCGAACGCCACUUCACUGGGCAGCCUUACUAGGCCACGCACAGAUUGUCCAUCUCCUUUUAGAAAGAAACAAGUCUGGAACUAUCCCUUCCGACAGCCAAGGAGCAACACCCUUGCACUAUGCAGCUCAAAGUAACUUUGCUGAAACAGUUAAAGUGUUUUUAAAGCAUCCUUCCGUGAAAGAUGAUUCCGACCUGGAAGGAAGAACAUCCUUCAUGUGGGCAGCAGGGAAAGGCAGUGAUGACGUGCUCAGGACUAUGCUGAGUUUAAAAUCUGACAUCGACAUUAACAUGGCCGACAAGUACGGAGGCACAGCUUUACAUGCUGCUGCACUUUCUGGCCAUGUCAGCACCGUGAAGUUAUUAUUGGACAAUGAUGCUCAAGUAGAUGCUACUGACGUCAUGAAACAUACUCCACUCUUCCGAGCCUGUGAGAUGGGGCACAAAGAUGUGAUUCAGACACUUAUUAAAGGCGGAGCAAGGGUAGAUCUGGUUGACCAAGAUGGACAUUCACUUCUCCACUGGGCAGCCCUGGGGGGAAAUGCCGAUGUCUGCCAGAUACUGAUAGAAAAUAAGAUCAACCCAAAUGUGCAGGAUUAUGCAGGAAGGACGCCUCUGCAGUGUGCUGCAUACGGAGGGUACAUCACCUGCAUGGCUGUGCUCAUGGAAAACAACGCGGAUCCCAACAUCCAAGACAAAGAGCUGAUUUGUUCAUACUUGCAGGGACGAACAGCUUUGCACUGGUCCUGUAAUAAUGGCUACCUUGAUGCAAUUAAAUUACUGCUAGAUUUUGCUGCUUUCCCUAAUCAGAUGGAGACCAACGAGGAGAGGUAUACGCCCCUUGACUAUGCAUUGCUUGGUGAGCGCCAUGAGGUGAUCCAAUUCAUGCUGGAACAUGGUGCCCUGUCUAUCGCAGCUAUACAAGACAUUGCUGCCUUCAAAAUCCAAGCUGUCUACAAAGGCUACAAGGUCAGAAAGGCCUUCCGAGACCGGAAGAACCUCCUCAUGAAGCAUGAACAGCUGAGAAAAGACGCUGCAGCUAAAAAACGGGAGGAGGAAAACAAGCGGAAGGAAGCUGAACAGCAAAAGGGACAGCUGAGCACAGACACCCCCAGACCCCAGUGUCUCCCCUGUCCACCCAGCCCCCAGAAUGAGCCCAGCAAGCAGAGCGCAGACCCUUGCAAACAGCCACCUGCUGGUCACACAGUCCAGGGCCCAGACCCGGAGCACAGCAGAAGGUCUCCAGGCCGACGUCCAGGCAGAGCCUCGCACAGGGACUGUCCCUCAGACCUUCAGGAAACAGCCUCCAGAAAGCCCAGUGAAACACCCAGUGAACCCUGCAGACGCCCCUCUGCCUGUGUGCCCGUCAGAGCGUGUGAAGGCGGUGAUGGCUGCAGGCAUCGGGGAGCAUCCUCUGUGGAGAAGUGCAGAGGUGAGACCAAUGGCAAGCACCAGUGUGAGGAGGGACCAAGCAGGGCCCGGCAGCCCUUGUCCUUUGGGUCAGCCCACCCUGCAGAGAGAGGAGAGGACUCCAGCCCUGCAAGUGCUUCCCAGCAGGACAGCCCCAGGAAGCCUCGCAGGAGGCAGGACAGGGCCCCCAGGCCCGGAGGUGCUUCCCAGAAACGAUGCGUGCACCAGCUCAGAGACAGGUGCUCCCCAGCUGGGUCCAGCCGGCCUGGCAGUGCCAGGGGAGACCUUGCCUGUGCUGAACAGAGCCCUCUCCACCAUCGCACACCAAGAACCAAGGUGACCCAGCACAAGCUUAUAGGAGGGGUCUCCUCAGAUUUGCCACCCAGCACAGAAGAGUUGAGGUCAGGAUGCAAAAUGCUGUGUGCGGACGUUCGGGCAUCUACGGAGAGUGAUGUGGUCCAUAGCCCCCCGCCUGGACAGACUGUGAACAUUCACCUUCUUCCUGUAGAGCAGCGCCUGCAGAUAAUCCAGAGGGAGCGAACUAGGAAAGAGCUGUUUCGAAGAAAGAACAAGGCAGCAGCUGUCAUCCAGCGAGCCUGGCGAAGAUACCAGCUCAGGAAGCAUCUGUCUCGUCUUCUGCACGUGAAGCAGCUGGGAGCCGGAGACGUGCUCAGACGUAGCCGAGUGUGCACAGCCCUACUCCUCCAGGUCUGGAGGACACAAGAGGAACUCAAGUUCCCAAAGUCCAUCUCCGUCAGCAGAGUGCCCAAAAGUUCACCCAAAGGCAUGUUAGCCACAAAGUCUGCCAGGCACUCUGUGCUCAGGAGGAUCUACGGUGGCUCUCAAGAAGGGAAAGUCUACCACACCAUCACACCCUCCAGAGGCCCGCCUGUGCUGUGUCCCAAGUCAGUGAACAGUUUGCAGUCUAUACAUCUUGACAACAGUGCAAGAUCAAAGAAGUUUUCUUACAACCUCCAACCAGCCAGCCAAUCAAAAAGCAAGCCGAAGCUUUGACCCUGGGAAAAGGCAGAACCAGUGUGGAGCACUGCACUCUGUCAGCUGUCUCUGACUCGUGAGAAAGCUUUACCGUCCGUACCUAAAGCCUUACUGUCAGGAAUCUGAGGCAGAACUCAAGACGAUGUCUGGUGUUUCCACAGGGUGAAAGGACGGGAGCAGACUCUGCUCGUGUGGCUGCCUCGCUGUGUGCGUCACCUCCGUCAGUGUGGCUGCAAGUGAGAACCAGCACACCUGCAUGGAAGGCUGCUGGCUGGGUCUCUCAGUUAACGGGCGCCGGCCUCGUUUCUUCACUCUAGAGAACCUCAGUGAGAUGGGAAAUCCGUGCCACAGCAGCCACCUUCAACUCCCUACGUUUAGAGACGCUCAGAAGACUGAAAGUACACUGUUGAUCCUUAGUUCUGUUUCCAGAUGGACCCUGGAGGGCUAAAAGCUGCAGCACAGGAAGCAAGUGUUCACCUUGACGUUUAGUUUAGAAAAUGAUAUUCCAAAUUAUAAAAACAGGCUUACCUAGAUGUGUCCACAGAGAUUCAGCUAAUUCGUUAAAUGAAUGAAGGCACCAUAGAUCACUAUAUGUACUGUAAACACCUAGCUCUUAGGAAAUUCAAAAUGUGCUAGUCUAGACAAUGUAAUGUGAGAGCACCAAGACCUCUUGGGCCUGAUUAUCUCACUUCAGUACAAAGGUAGCUCAUGAACAACUUCUUUCAAAGUUUAGUUUUAAUGACAAACAUCUAUUACAUCAGUCUCUCUUCAAAAUAAAAUGGAUGUGCAUGAACAAUUUCAAACAGGAGGUGUACCACGAUGCUUCUUCAAUACAAUGCAUUCAAUAUACUAGGCCCCUGGGGGUGGCCACUGAUGUACACGCUGAAGCAGUAAUGUAAGUCUGUAAGCCACUGUUCCUGAACACUGCCACUCCUCAAAGUCUGCAGAAAAAAAGAAAAGGAAAUUUAAAUUGAGAACGGUACUACCUGAGCACAUUUUUCAUGGCCUAUAUAAAAGUAUCCUCCCCGCCAGGCAGUGGUGGCGCAUGCCUUUAAUCCCAACACUUGGGAGGCAGAAAGAUCUCAGUGAGUUUGAGGCUAGCCUGGUCUACACAGCAAGUUCCAGGACAGGCAGGAUGGGGGUGCAUGCACGUGCGCGCACGCACACACACACACACACACACACACACACACACACACACACACACACACACACACACCAUUCCUCCAGAGAAACCAGAGAGCGUCAUCUUAAAACAGAAAGCAAUCAACUAUUGGGCGCUGCUCCAGCUGGUGAAAAUUCCUCUUUAUGUCCUUAUAGGUUGAAUUAUGAACUGGCCCCCACCAGCUCAGAUGUUUGAAUAAUUGGUACCCACCUAGUAUUGCUGUUUUGGAAGGUAAGAAUUUGUACUCUGAGCCUACUUCUGGUCUAUGCUCCCUACUUCCUGACCCAUUGGAAUGUAAACCCUUCCUAGCACACUGCCAGACGCACCCCAGCCACAGUGCUUACCCCAUGGUAAUAGACUAUGCACUCCUAAAUGUCAAAUAAAGUCUUUUCUUUUAAAUUA